AUGGCAAGCCAAAGCAAUCACCUGGUUAAGGUUCACGAGUUAUGGAAGCUCUUACGACAACGGACAAAUGAGGGCAGUUAUGAGUUGGACGGACAACACUUGCACAUUGCUGAGGUUGUAGCUACCGCGCAACAGAGCAGCAUACCUUAUCUUUCUCAAGAUCCAAAGCUCCACCGACUCUUACAGUGUAGUUCGGAUGUGCUAUUCGAUCAUCUAUCCAAGGGUUGGUAUGUUUACGGCGUUAAUACCGGAUUUGGAGGCAGUGCGGAUUCGCGCACAACCGAGGUUAUUUUACUUCAACAGUCACUGAUGCAGCUCACCCAGACUGGAAUUCUUUCCCGCUCUCCUGAUGGCUUGGCGGUCCCCGGGCAUUCUACACCACUGGGAUGGGUCCGGGCUGCAAUGGUCGUGAGGUGCAACUCUACGCUCAGGGGCCAUUCAGCCGUAUCUAUCCCUACUCUAAAAGCAAUGGCAGACUUGCUUCAACAUCGACUUACGCCUAUUGUGCCCCUCCGGGGUUCUGUAUCGGCAUCGGGUGAUUUGAUGCCCCUCGCCUACGCUGCUGGCAGUCUGGAGGGAAAUCCAGACAUUUUGCUUGAAAAAAAUGGCAAGGUUCAAGCAUCGCACUUGGCCUUAGAGGAAGCUGGACUACAGAAGAUUUCUCUCGGCCCGAAAGAGGGCUUGAGCUUAGUAAAUGGGACAUCUGCGUCCGCUGGUUUAGGUGCCUUGGUUGUGGCCGAGUCACAUUUUCUGGCACUGCUCACCCAAUUUUUGACAGGUGGAGCUGUCGAAGCAUUGCGAGGUAGCUCAGAGAGUUUCCACCCUUUCAUAGCGCAAACACGACCUCACCCAGGUCAGAUCGAGUCCGCUCGCAACAUUUACUACUUUCUCCGUGGAUCCCAUUUGUCUAGAGAUGUUCUGGAGCCCAAGAACCGAAGACGCGAAGACCUCGUGCAGGACCGCUAUUCUCUUAGAAGUGCUCCUCAAUGGAUCGGUCCCCAACUGGAGGAUUUGUUACUUGCAGAUCAACAGAUUAGCAUUGAGCUUAAUUCUUCCUGCGACAACCCACUCGUUGACAGCGAGGCUAAUGAGAUUUACUACGGCUGCAACUUUCAGGCCGCAACUGUAACAUCGGCCAUGGAAAAGGUCCGUCUGGCUUUGCAAAUGUUCGGUCGGAUUCUCUUUGCACAGAGCUCUGAAAUGAUUGACCCUAAUCUCAGUGGGGGCUUACCGGCGAAUCUGGCUGCAGAUGAUCCGAGCCUUUCGUUCACAAUGAAAGGAGUGGACAUCAACAUGGCUGCCUAUAUGGCUGAACUUUCUUAUCUCGCCAAUCCACUAAGUUCCCAUGUGCAGUCUGCAGAGAUGCAUAACCAAUCUAUCAACUCAAUGGCCCUCGCUUCCGCACGUAUGAGCUUUGACGCUAUUGAUAUCUUGACCAAAAUGAGCGCAUGCAGUGUCUAUGUUGUUUGCCAGGCGCUGGACCUCCGAUGUCUCCAUACAAAGUUUUUGACGGAAGCUGUUAAAUCCAUCGCUUUCGUUACUACGAGCCUUUUCUCUACAACCUUGGAUAGCCAACAAUUAGACUCCUUACUUGUUGCCUUGAAGACUCAUACGGAUACAGCAUGGGCAGCUUCAAGCAAAUCAGAUCUUCAGGUCCGUUGUGAAUUGCUAGUCAGCUCAGCUGUGCCCAUUGUUGUCGCCCAUGCAAAAGGAGCAGUGGCAGAGGUUGUUGAGUGGAAGGAACAGACUACAAGUGCGGUUUCUGAGACUUGGAAGACAACAUACAAAACUUUUGCAGAUGCACCACCCACUGCACAAUAUUUGGGAAAUGGGUCGGGGGUAUUAUACGAAUUCGUACGAAAUAAGCUCGGUGUUCCCUUCCACGAGGGCUUUGUCGAGCACCCUACUGCUGACAACAACACGCUGCGCGGGCGACCCAAGAAAACAAUUGGAGGAUGGAUCUCAAUCAUUCACGACAGCAUUGAGGAUCAUUCCAUAUAUGACGAAUUACUGACUCUCGUUGAAAAAGGCAUAUUGGCCUCCGAAAACGAGAAAAGCAGGACGAAUGGGGUACACUAG